GGCACGGCGAAAGCUGGAGAAGAAUGUAUCCGUUAUGACAAUGAUUUUCAAAGAGUCAUCGCCGGGUCACAGAACAAGGUGUCAAGAGGAUGACAUCAUUGCAGUCAUGGACAGCAAAACAAACCGUGUGCUGCACUAUCAGAAAGCCCAUAGUCUGAAGAAAUUCCGAUUUCCCAUGCACGUGUUCCACAGCAGCACUGAUGAGAUUGAAAUCCGCCAUGAUCUUCUGGACUGUCACAUAAGCAUCUGUUCACCACAGGUUGCAGAGCUGUUCACUGAUAACUUCGACUACCAAACUAGGGAUGACUUUGUACGUGGGAUUCUUGUUAAUGAAGAGAUUUUAGGUAAUCAGAUUCACAUGCAUGUGACAUCUGACGAAUAUGGAGUGCGGGUCUCCAAUCUGCUCAUGUAUGAGGCUGUGUGUUCAGAUAUUAUCCGUCGCUGGGUCUACCCUUUGACACCGGAGACGAAUUUCCCAGAAGAUGAAAGAGGAUUCAGUGUUCAUCUGCGGCACAAUGUCUAUCGAGGGUCAGAUGUCAGCCUGGGCCAGGGAAGUGUGGUUGAAGAAAAUGUAGUGAUUGGCCGAGGCACCAUAAUUGGGACUAACUGCUUCAUAACCAACAGUGUCAUUGGCUACAACUGUGUUAUAGGAGACAAUGUGAAACUGGACCAGGCCUACAUCUGGAAUAAUGUUCAUAUUGGAGAUGGAGUGGACAUCUACAGAUCAGUUGUGUGCAGUGACGUGGAGGUCAAACCUAAAGUCAGACUAAAUGAGCAUUGUGUUUUGGCAUUUAACGUAGUUGUGGGGCCUGAUCUGACGCUUCCAGAAGGUACUGUGGUCUCAAUGCAUUUACCAGAUCAGGAGGAAGAUGAAGAUGAGUUCAGUGACGAUGGAGGAAUGAAUCACACACCUACAAAAGCAAAGGUGAAAGGCUACAACCAGGCUGAAGUGGGAUCACAGGGUGUGGGAUAUAUCUGGACAACUGCUACAGAGAAUGAUAAUGAAGAUGAUGAGCUGGUGCCGAAUAUAUGGGGUCUCAGGUUAAAUUCUGAAUCUGAGAGUGAGAGUGAAAGUGAGAUGAGCGUUAGCUCACGAGAGGCAGAUAGUAGAAGUAUCUCACCUCAGCUGGAUGAUGCAAAAGUUUUUCAGAAUGAAGUUCUUGGCACACUGCAACGAGGCUUAGAAGAAAAUAUUUCAUGUGACCAUCUUGUACUUGAGAUUAACUCUCUCAAGUAAGUACCUGUUAACCUUUAGGU